CCCAGUAGAUCCAGUUCAAACUGCGCUCCAUUUGAAUCUGAAAUGUAGUAACAAUCGUGAUCGCUUACUUUAUUUUUUGUUUGUUUAUUUAUUUUAAUUUAUCUAUCCAUUUUCCAAAGCAUGGGAAAGUAGAUGUAAACAUCACCAUAUAAACCGGAUAAGAACAUUACAUAUGGCGAUUACAAUGCAAGUAUUGAAGGUAUUGAUACAAUGCAAGUGUGCGAGAUCAAUGGGCUUGCCCUCUGGUCAGUUCUCGCGUGUGGACCACUUUUCAACCAGCUGUCAAUGGCGAGCGCGCAAAAAGGUCAGUCAAUACAGCACAGUGGACACAGAGCGCUACAAGUCUCUGGUGCGCGCGGUGUUGACCUCAAAAACCAGCUCCCAGACUCCUGUGAGCAUCGAGGAUGAGGACUGUCAGCUGUACGGACCUGUAAUAAGAUCCAGACCGCCUUCACAACAGCCCAAAGUACCUAAAAACCUGCAUCCACUGUUAAAUGAGGCCAAAGGUCAGUCGGAAUAUGUUCCGGGACCUUUGGCUCGUAUACCAUUACAGAGGGACUCUAAUACGACAUCACCUAGUGUGACCCGAAUCCUACAGAAGACCAUGCCACCUGAUCAAGCCUUUUACCUGGAGAGGUGGAAGAGAAUGAUGAUUGCUGAACUCGGAGAGGAAGGAUUUAAAGAAUACAGCUUGAAAAUUUUCAGACAAGGACAGCUGUUCCAUUCUGCCAUUGAGGACCAUUUCACCCCGGAAACCCCAUCUAAAGAGGACCCUGAUCGCCCAUUGGAGGUGUCCGGGUUUUUAGAGAGUGCGUCUCAUGUGCUGAAUGAUAUAACAGGAGUGAGAGCUAUUGAGAGUGCUGUCCAUCAUUCUACUUUACAGUACCUGGGGAUUGUAGAUUGUGUCGCUCAGUACAGAGGUUCAUUGUGUGUCAUUGACUGGAAGACCUCUGAAAAGCCUAAGCCCUUGCUUCACCAUACUUAUGACAAUCCAUUACAAGUAGCUGCCUACAUUGGAGCCUUAAACAGUGACAACAACUACAGCUACCAGGUAAAAAACGGUUUAAUUGUGGUGGCCUACAAAGAUGGAUCACCCGCACAUGCUCACUUCUUGAACUCAAAGCAGAUUAGGCCAUUCUGGGAGAAAUGGCUGCUUCGACUAGAAGAGUAUGCAGAAAAAUGAAACGGCUUACAAAUGUAGUUUAACUGUCAAUGUUUGUUUUACAUGUGAUACAAAGAAUAAAUAGUUGUGUUGUACACAUUUUAUUGAUGGAAUGAAUCCUUAUUUAAAUAAAUCAAUUGUUUGGUUGUUGAUGGUGCCUUGUGGAAGUUGUACUACAUUAAAUCAGAAAACAGCUUUUACAUAAUACAUAGCAUUUCAGACAGAAGCUAAACCAUUCUGUUUGGUUGUUCUGAUAUGGCCCAAUUAAAAAUCAUUAAAUCCAAACCAGGCUGCCCUGUAAUCCGGUUCCUCUGUGAAACCCAGGCUUGUAAAGAGCCUGUAGGAUAACUGGUUCUUCUCCUCUAUAAAACAGUACACUGGACAGCCUUGAGAGUGGAGUCUUUUUGACAUAAUGGUGACCAGUGCUUUUGCAUAGCCUUUUCCUCUGUGUUCUGGAACAGUGUACAACAUUCCCAGAGCACAGGAGGGAUACGUUAAUAUCCAUGCUACUGGUUGAUCAUCUGCGUCCAAGACACAACAAGAGGGAAAGUUCAAAAUCAUAUUCUUAAUCAUUACUUUGCUGUGUUCACAGCCAAAUUUCCAGCUACUGUUGACUAGUGCAAGAUGAGACUCAUUGAGAGAAGACAGCUUCAGUGAUA